UUAAAUUUGGUUUUAUCUUUCUCCAUGGGUUAAUCCAUUGGAGAUAAAUUUUUUUACGAAGUAUAAAUAGGACUGCGCCUUUCUCAAUUUUACCGCUGAAACGGCUGAUUGCAACAGUAGCACUAUGCCAGCAGAAGUGAAUGAAACCGCUUCAGAAAAUAUCCUGAUACCAAAUGUUCCGCUCAUGGACUACAUUAUCCCGCGUUUACGGGAGGGCUUAAAAACGUGGCCUGAGGAUAAAGAAUGGAUUGUGGAUAUUCCAUCGGGACGGAGCAUCAAACUUUCCGAAGUUGAGCCUAAUGCGUACAAAAUUGCUAGUGCCCUCACAAGAUUGGGCAUCAAACACGGCGAGUUCGUCUAUUUCGUGACAUACGAGUUGGCCCAGUUUUUCCAAAUCCAGAUUGCACUGUACUUGCUGGGUGUCCCACUCAGAGGAUGCCACCCCACAGAUAAAAUCGAAAACUUCAUCAAGCAAAUUAAUGAAGUCAAAGCAAAGUUUAUAAUCGUGGACAACGAAUCGAUCGAAAAUGUUCGGGAGGCUCUGAAGAGCAUCGAUUUCCCUGUUCAACUGAUCAGUGUGGGCGCAGAGCAGAUUCCGGAAACGGUUCAUUUUUGCCAGCUUCUGAAAGACGAUGGCUCUGCGUUUCCAAACAACGUCAAAAUCAACGCCGAGAGAGAUGUCGCCGUUGUGAUCAACACAAGCGGCUCCACUGGCGAUCCGAAAGGAGUGGUUCACACUCAUAAAAGCAUCCUCGCAGGAGUUCUAAACCUUAGAAACCGCAUGGGAAUCGAAUACUCCAUGAUGGAGUUUAACACAAACUAUGGAGUCAUUUCAAACGGAAUGCUCCUACACAACCUAUGUCAUGGUGUGACGACCUACCACUUCACCAAGUUUGUGAAGGAGAAUUUAAUUGAAAAUCUGCUUAAGUACAAGCCAAGAGGAAUCAUAAUGUACCCACACAUUGCUGCGUGGCUUGCGAAACAAAAGGAAGAACUGAACUUAAUCAGGCAGCUGGACUUUUUGCGCGUAAUGCUAGUAGGUGGGUGGGUGAUAGACAUCCCUACGGCCGACACUUUGUGCGAAUCCCUGCCAAACACCCACAUCGCACCAAUUUACGGAAUGUCCGAAGCUUUUGCAGUGGCCAUAACUGACAUGAGAGACGGAAUACAAGAAAAAAUCAAUCGUAUUGUCAAUGGGGGGAAAGAGUACAUUGCCACAGGAAGACCGUUGCCAAACGUUCAAGUAAAGAUUGUGGAUUUUAAAACUCACGAGGAAGUAUCCCCAGGUGUACGAGGCGAACUUUUAUUGAAAACUCCUUCGGCUAUGGCUGGUUACCUGAGUGUGCUUGGAAAAGAGCACAAUCGAAUCAGUUUCACGAAAGACAACUGGUUGUGCACUGGAGACAUGGCUUUCGUUGAUAACAAGGGCUGUAUCUACAUAAUGGAGAGACUUUCCAUGGUAUACAAGCACUUGAUUCACUUUGUAUCUCCAAGUGAAGUUGAGUCCCUUCUUCUUGAGCACCCUGACGUUGUCGAGGCGGGCGUAAUCGCGUUACCAGACCCGCAGGUCGAGUCCAUGGCUCUUGGCUUUGUUGUCAAAAGACCCGGAAGCAAGUGUACUGAGACCGAACUGGUCAAGUUUGUGGCUGAUAAGGCCCCCUUUUUCAAACAACUCCACAAGGGCGUGAGAUUUAUGGACGCUCUCCCCAUCGGUCUAGGAGGAAAAGUGGACAGAAUGGCUCUCAAAAGGAUGGCAAUGGAACAGAUUCAUUGAAAAAAAAAAUUAUAAAGCAAUGUUCAUGUAUUUAAUUUUUGAAAUAAAUUCUUUUGUGUAUAAAUAGUAA